AUGAAAAUAAAUGCGCGAGUGUUGGUGCGUUGUUGUGAGCGGACGACUGUGAAAUAAAUAAACGGGAAUUUGUUAUAAAUAAUCGCUGCCGAUAAAUAAACAAUGGAUAGCACAUUUCACGAAGGAUGGCUUAUAAAAUCACCGCCAUCCAAGCGCAUUUGGCGUGCUCGCUGGCGCCGUCGGUGGUUUACUUUGAAACAGGGCGAGAUACCGGAGCAGUUUUGCCUUGAAUAUUAUACGGAUCAAUAUUGCCGCAAGCUGAAGGGUGUCAUAGAUCUGGAUCAAUGCGAGCAAGUCGAUUGCGGUCUGCGUCUCGAGAAUCGCAAACAGAAAUUUCAGUAUAUGUUCGAUAUUAAGACGCCAAAGCGCACAUAUUACUUGGCCGCCGAGACGGAAGCGAGCAUGCGCGACUGGGUGAACUGCAUCUGUCAGGUGUGCCAUCUGCAUGACACCAAGCAAUCCAAUGAGCUGCCACUGGGCGCCACAGCAACAUCCACAGCAGCAGCAGCGGCCGCAGCAGCAGCGGCCGCAGCAGCAGAUGAUAAUCGCAGUGCACAGCAGCACACCAGUUCCAGCGGCGCUUUGAGCAACUCCACCCAGAAUACAACAACGACAUCGCUGCACUCCUCGGCGGGCACGACGGCCAGUUCGCUGCUGCGUCGUCCGGUGGUCAUCGAUCAGCAGCCGCAGAGCUCGACCAACAAUAACUCGGAUUCGGUCUAUGUGAAUACAGACUACAAUAAUCGAGAGACAUUGCUAUGCGAUGCGCACUUUGAUCAGCAACAGUUGCUGUUGGCGGCACAGCAACAGCCGCCGCCGUCGCCUGCCACAGCGCUCUAUUUGAAUCAAAGCGCGCUGAUUCAGGCUCAGGCACAGGCAGCAGUCGCCGAGCAACAACAGCAACAACAACAACAGCAGCAGCAGGCUCAGGCUCAAGCAGCUGCCGCUCGGCUUGCGAUCAAUGCGAAUGGAGUUGUGCGUAAGCUGCCCGAGCAUUUGGUGCUAACACAGCAGACUCUGUCGGAGGCCAUGGCACAGCAACAGCAACAUGGCAGUGUACAGGCUUCACCAGCUCUAAGCACCGCCUCCGGGCCGUAUAUACCCAUUAGUGAGUGCUUUACGGGCAGCCCCAAAUUGUUGCUAGACAGUCAUGCCAGUGCGGCGGGUGCUCUGAACAAUUUGGAUCCCAAAUUCUAUGAUACGCCGCGAAGUCACAACAACAUUGGUCUCAACCUGACCAACGAUCAAUCCUAUUCACCCAAAAUAACUAACUGCAGCUUGCAACAAAUGGCGAAUGCCAGCAGCAAGCAGCGCAGUCAACGUUCCGAUUCCGACUCGGAGAGCGUUUUCACUGAUGAUGACGAGUGGACGCAUCCGUUGCCGCUACGCGAGAAUGUUGAUCGCAGCACACGUCCCUCGGAUAGCUCCAUUGAAAAUGAGUCCUUUGUGCUGACCUAUUCGCAGCGCUUCUCCAAAAUGCCUGAAGAUGGUGUUGCCUUGGCGACCACAGCAGUUGACAAGCACUCAAAGCAACCGGGUACAAUAUCAGCAACAGCAGCGGAUGGUGCUGGUGAGCAUUACACGCUGGAGAGAUUAGCCAAGGUGUUGAAGAACAAAAAUAAUCUCAUACUGGACUUUAAGGACAAUGAAAAAUUGCCACGUGACCUGCCGCAGCUGUCGGAUACGGAGAACACAUCGCCAGCGAUUGUGGCAUCGGCUCGCCAUGCCAAUUCGUCGUUGAUCGAAGAGAGCUAUGACAUUCCACGCUCGCAUCAGUUGCCCUAUUGCAAUGUGGGGCAGCUGUUGAAUGAGCGACCCGUCACCAGUCCGCACAACACCAAUCCCAUUGCGGCCUCCACGCCCAACCUUAUGGCAGAUGCAUGCGCUAGUGCUCUACCCAAUCUCUGUCAGAAUGCGCCCCAUCCAACGCCGGCAGCCAGUUCACCGACCAGUGCUCGCACCCUUCCACGCCAACAUUGUUAUACAAAUGCAGCGCCCACCAGAAUGGAGGGUACUGUAUUCCGCUACGAUUUUAUUGAGCAGGCCGAUUGCCCGCCAGUUAAUCGCAAGCUGAAGCCGAAGGUGGGCCAUCUGCCGCCGGAGGCGACGCAUAAGUCCAGCGUUGAGGACAGGCCGCCGGAGGAGUUUCCUGCCAAGCCGCCAGUUGGUGCUAUGGAGCAGGUGAUCAGCAAAUUGUACAACACAAAGCUGCAGUCUUGUGGGCCGCCCAGCGUGGAUCGGAAAUGUAAACCAAAUGCCUACAAGAUGGGCUCCUCGGCCACAAUGUCGCCGGCAACGCGGCGGUCUUCAGGUGCACCGCUUUCGAUGGUGCUGCCACAUGAGACCGAUGUGCAUUCGCCGGCAGCUGCUGGCUAUUUCCAUGAGACGCGCACCCUGCCCCGCCAGCAACAUCGACAGCAUCCCAACAGCCCGGGCAGUCAAUCAGUGCAGCAUCAGCGCACCGCCUCCGCAGCAGCAGCCAUGACAUCACCAACACCGUUGGUGGCAGCCAGCGUUGCUGCGGCACAUAAGCAAAACCCGAAUGCAAUGCAGCAACUGCCGGAGCACAAGCUGCAAUACUUUGAUCUAGAUGUGACCAACAAACCGCCGAUGCUGAAUCGCCAAAGCAUGAGCGUUGGCAAUCUCUAUUCCCAGGGCGGCGGCGGACUGAGCAGUGUGCGUCUGGGUGCAACGGAUGCGGCCUCGGUGCGUGUUCCAGUGCAAAGUAGCGUUGUCUACAACUUUGUUGACUUUGUCAAGACGGAGGCGUUUAAGCGCGUACGUGAGGAACGCAACAAGGAGAGCAGCGAGAGCGGUGGCAACAAAUGAGCAACACUUUCCAUGAUAGCCACGACUCACAUUCACAGUCGUUAUUCGGAUAUGUUUUAGUGCCUACAAAUGCUCUCUAAACAGUGCAAUUUUCUAAGUGGCUUUGACAUUCAUAAUUCAUACACAUAUAUAAAAAAAACGGUAAACACUCAUACAUACACACACACACACUUACACUUCCACUUCCACAUCCAUAUACAAAUACAUAUAUAUAUAUAUAUCUAUACAUUUUAAUUACAUAGCGAAUAAGUUAGUGUUAUCCUAAGAGCAUAUUUGUGCUUUUUAACCACUGCUGUAUGCGUCUCUCACAAAAGAUGUUUUGUCUUUUUAUAUUGUGCUUCCAAUUUCCAAAAUUUGACCACAGCUAAUCAGUGUAAAAGCCUUGCGAUCAAAGCAUGUUUAACGUUUUUAAGUGCUGUUUUAUAUGUACGUAUACACCGGCUCACACACGAACACACACACACACAGAAGCUAUUUAUAUACACCACGAAUUUUUUAUGGUAACGAAUUAUAUACAAUUUUAUUAGUAUUAAGCGUAACUCGUGUGCGACACAAGCUGUAGCUUGAUAUUGUGCUUUAAUAAAUCAACAUUUAUAGAACUA